AAAUUAUCAAUGCAAUAUCAAUCAAACAGGUGAUGAUAGUAAAGUAAAAAUCAACAAAGGGUUCACUAUUUCAUUCAAAACCAAAUUCCUAAAAGUAGCAUUGUGAGAAAUGUGUCGCCAACCGUAAGGAGAAUUAAUACUGGCAUCUUGGAGUCUAAGUGAAGGGGUUAAACUCAAGGUUUGUGAUCAAGGAACUAUGUAUGAACCACGCGUGUUACGGGAGUCGCACUUUGUAAUUAAUCGUCGAACUUAACAAUACCUGUCGUAUGAAAUUGUCGCUCUUUGUGAUGCCCGUCGCACAUUGCAAUAAAAAAGCUGUCGCAUUUUGUAAUAACAGGCCAUCGCACCUUGUAAUAAAAUAUUAAGCUGUCGCAGUUUGUAACAAAACUUGUCACACAGGGAAAUAAGUUUGUUAUAGAUAGUCGCACGGCAAGUAGAAAGGUUUCGCAAAGUGCGGUAUUAUAAAGUGCGACGAUUUUUCACCACUAAGUGCGACAGAACACCCUUUGUCGUGCGAGUCUGAUUUUCCACAUUUCAGCCUCAAAGGACUUCACAGACCUAUUUUUUCGCCAGAGAUCGGGGUAAGUUGUUCGAAUCUAUUUAAGUUCUUACACCUUCCCUCCAAGGUGACUCUGCGAAAGGGGGCGCAAUGAGUAUUUUUCUUCGUAAGGUAUCCAAGAACCGUCGUGAGGUAAGAGGCGUCAUUUUACGAAUAGGAUAUUUAUGGGAUAUUCAGUCUUGUCGUUUGAGUCUCUUUUCUUGAUGCUCAGAACCUGAAGCAAACCACGACAGCUUCGGCAGCAGAAGCGUGGCAAAGUGACCAAUAAUAUUAUGAGCCUAGCAAUAGCUCUGUGUGCGAUUCUUAAAACUUUGUACUUUUCCGCGCCGUCCACAGCAAAACAACGUGAAAUCACCAAAACUUGUGUAAUCUGAAUAUAAGAAUCCCGACAGAAAAUUAUUUUCUUUCUAAUUUGAAACUCAGCGCUGCUUAGACACGUUUAGCUGAAAUUUAGAUCUGGCGCCGUUAGAGACGGUUCACAACGUGUUGACACCCAGCCAUGCGCGAAAUUUUUAAGGGAAAUUAAAAAAAAUCCUGUUUAAUCGACAUUUUUCUUAGUUUUGCCGCCAAGACGGCAGCAAGGUUCUUAAUGUUAACUUGCGGGCAGAUGUCUUAUUAAAUUAAUCGCAAACCCUUACUUAUACAGCUCGUGACGCUUACAGUUAAAAGAAGAACGUGUACUUAUUAGUGGAGGAUAUUACGCAAAUUUGAACAGCUUCCAUAUCAGGACAUGAGGGUAUCAUGACCUUUCCUUCCUCUCUCUUCCAAUAUCGGAAAGCACUCCUUCCUGUGAACCAAAUAUGUCUUUGUCUAUGACAAUAAAGAAUUUCGUUUUCUCUCAUACCGGUAAAUGUUAGCGGAUAAAUUUAGCAACGACUGAUAAGGUUUUUGUUUUUUCUUUCUAAGUAAGAAGAAAGUACAAAUUGAUCAGAUGCGUUAGUGCAGUUUUACAGUGAAUGUCUUUGUCUUCGGGAAGUGGUCAAAAGCGCGAGAGUGGAAGUGUUUCAAAAAUAGCGUUGAAAUCGAAACCGCAGGAUGUCAGAACUUUCGAUUCCCGUCAGCUAGACGCGACCACGAAUAUAUCCGAUCCAUUUCAACUGUUUGGGAAUUGUUCGAUGAUUGACUGGUCAACACCUCAUCAACGACGACGGCGAAAGGAAGAAGGCUAGGUCCUUUGUUCACACGGCCACAUACUUCAAAUAUUUACCUGGCCGCACGUAUGAAAUAGAAUUUUCCUACAUCGGCGUCAUCAUAAAUAGCGACGUCUUCGCGAUUUUGGUUUACUUCACUGGAAGCGUCAUGGGGAGAGUGCAACAUUUGUGGUUAGUAAUCUUAUUUCCACUGCUAGCGUUCUGCGCAGCUACCGACGGAAUGAAAUUUCAAGUUUUUGAAGAACAGGACCCAGGAACUUUCGUGGGAGACAUGUCUGCGAAUCACUUGGUCAGAACAUUAUCCGAUAAUGAAAACUUGAAAGGAGCGCUUCGAUUCCAGUUCCAGGGAUCUCUACAAACGUCUUUUAAAAUCAAUGAAACCACAGGAAUCAUUCGCACUGCUGCUAAGUUAGACCGCGAAAACUUGUCUCUUGAGAAUAACGAUGAUACAUUUCAGAUUCAAGUGAAGGUUUCGAAAGGAGUUGUUACGGUACCUUUACCGAUAGAAAUUAAAGUAUUAGACAUCAACGACCACAGUCCUAUUUUUGCUGACAAGAUUGAGAAUUUUUCGGUUUCCGAGUCUGCUCCAUUGGAUGCCGAAUUUCCUGUAACAGUGGCAGAGGAUACUGACAUUGGCAACUAUUCUGUUCAAAGUUACGAGAUUGUGGAGAGAAAUGACAGUGGAACUUUCGACUUGAUACUCUCGAGGCCGACUUCAGAGAUUACUAAGUUGAAACUCGUGCUUUCAAAAAGGCUUGACCGAGAAAUUAAUGAAAGCUUUUUCUUGGAGAUCGAGGCAAGAGAUGGAGGAAGCCCGCGCAAAGUUGGUCGCAAAGGAUUAAGAAUUACAGUCUUGGAUUCGAACGAUCACAUCCCAAAGUUUAGCAAAGAUCUUUAUGUUGGAGAAGUGAGAGAGAAUUCUCCGGCAGGAACGUUCGUGUUGAACGUCACAGCAUCAGAUAAAGACAUCGGUACGAACGGCGAGAUUUCCUAUUCUCUUAAUUCCCGACCUCAGUAUAAAGACUUGUUCAGUUUAGAUGCACGAACUGGCGAGUUACGGACUAAAGCUAUUUUGGAUUAUGAGCGCUUUAAGGAUUACCAAUUGGAAGUGACAGCAAGAGACAGGGGGCCUGAUUCAAUUCCAACAACUUCUUACGUCAACGUGAAGGUCCUAGACGAAAAUGACAACGCUCCAGAAAUCUCCGUCACCCUCUUCCCAGAUGAAUUCGACGAACAGGAAAAGAUUCCCGAAGAUAUUGCCCUUAAGACUUCCAUUGCUCAGGUAACAGUGCGUGACAAAGACAGCGGGAGAAAUGGCCGCGUGACAGUCACCCUUCAACACCACAAGGACGACUUGGGCCUGCGGGAAAUGUUCGCCGGGCUUUACAUCCUGGAAAUUCGACACCCGCUGAGUCUGGACCGCCAUGAUCAGUACAAGAUCAAGAUCGUGGCCGAAGAUCAAGGUUCACCAAUUUCACAAAAGAGUAGUUAUGUGCUCGUUGUCAAAGUGGCAGACAGUAACAGAAAUGCUCCCAGGUUCGAUAAAAACGUAUACAACGUUGGCGUGAACGAUGACGUCAAGCCAGGGACCUUCAUCACCACAUUGACAGCGACCGACGAGGAUGAUGGGAAUAAUAGUGAGUUAACCUACAGCCUGGAGGACGUGUACAUUGGUGAACACAACAGCAGCGUCGAAGAGGUGACAAAAUGGUUUGCUAUUGAUUCCAAAAAUGGACAAGUGCAAGUGCUUAGAAAGUUGUGGUGUGCUUUCACUCCCAUUUUCCAGUUAAACAUUGACGUUCGGGAUAACGGUCGUGUACCCUUCCAUGAUAAAACUGCCCUUAAAAUUUCCGUCCAGUGUUCAAAAAACAUGUACAACUUCAGUGUAACAGAGAAUGAACCCGAAGGAGUUGAAGUUGGAAGAGUUGCACUUGAGCCCAUUGAAAGCAACAGGCCUCUUGGUAUAACACUACUCUCGCAUACUACUGAAUUUGCUAUAGAUGAAAACAAGGGCAUUUUAACGACAAAAACAACGCUCGAUCGUGAGAGGAAGAGCUUUUAUUCCUUAAUUGCUGUUAUAACUGAUGGAAGAGUCGCCAUGAAUGUCACCCUCUUUGUUGAGGUGGAAGAUGUCAAAGACAAUGCUCCCAUUUUUGUUGGUUUGGAAAACACGCAUAAUCUAACGUUGUCCGGUGCACUUUUCAUUGGGGCAACCGUCCAGAGGCUUCGAGCGACCGACAAAGAUUCUGGAACGAACGGUCUUGUAAAAUACCUAAUCGUAAGUGGCAAUAAUGAUCUAGUAUUCCUUUUGAACAUGCGCACGGGAAGGAUCACGCUUAACAGGGAGCCCAGUAGGAAAUUGUACAUUUUAACCAUUAGAGCAGCAGAUUCGGGAGACGUUGAGAACGAAGCUUACCUGCGGUUGAUAAUUUCGGUCAGAUACAUAACUCCCGCACCGCCACCGUCUGGAGACGGAUCUACCGACGGGAAUGGUGAGGUGGAAUUGCGCACCGAAAGGGGAGGGUUCUUUUCGGAUACAAAGAUGAUCAUCAUUGUCGGGGCCUGUGCUGGUUUUCUGAUCCUAUCCAUUCUUCUUGUUGCGGUUUUCAUCAUGAAGUUCAGGCGCAAGGAUAAAAAGGAAGAUGAUAAGCGUGGUAGCUACCACGAACCGGAUAUAAGUCGGGAAGAUGCCCUAAAAGCUUCCAAGAAAAUGUUCCAACAAGCGACUACGAAUCCUCGUCAAGCCGCCGAAGCGUACAUGCUCGCAUCACGAAAGCAACCGAUCAACGUAUCACCAAUCCCGAUCAAGAAGAUGCACUCAACAAUGACAUAUCAAGCUCCACCGGGGACGGGUUCCCCUACGAGAAGCUCACGGCAAGACAUGUACUACCCGUUUGUUCAGGGUGUAGUCGAGUGUCACAGCAGCGAGGAUGAAAUAGACAGUGGGCGUGGUGGGAGCUCUCAUGAGUCUACCCCUUAUUACCCUCAUAGUCCCCCAUCCAAGAAAAGAGAAGACGAUUUUCGGCCACCUCAUCGUCAUUAUUAUCACAAUCCUCAUCGGGCCCGCAGCCCUAAUAUGCCACCUCCCCCUCCACCAUACGAAGAAGUUCAAACGAAAAGAGCCUACGUGAGCGUUUCUGGUGUCACGCAUUCCACAACAGAGCUGUAACGUUGCGGAAGGUAUUGACACGAACUGAACUAUGCCCUUCAGUGAAGGGUAUAUCACAGAAUCGUUCGUCGUGCAUUUUAGUCAUCUUUCGACACUUCGCAUGGUGUCUUUAACACUGUCCUUGAGGGUAAGGAAGGGGGGGUAGUUUAAUUGAAUCAGGAGUAGAUGCUACGUCGAGAUUCCCCGUGUUUACAAGUUAGGUACCUUUUAGCGCUUCUUUUAGGCCUUCGUCGACCAGGCAUUUGCCUUCGAAGGGCCAGGCGCGACAGAGCUGAAUAACGUAUACGCAUGCGCUAGAUUUUGCCGCCGAAACACGGAUUUUGAGUCGUUCGCAUGG